CUUACACAUGAGCAACCUUCCCCCUCUAUAAAUAGAGUCCCUAGCUCCUCCAUCUUCACAAUCACAAUAAACCUUGAGAUAUAUAUAGAAGUAAAUAUAUAAAAUUUCCUUCUCUUUAAUGGCUUCAUCUCGCUUCUUUAUUGCCUCUCUUCUCCUUUUUGUGCUUGCUCUCCAUCUUGUAGAGUCUCAAAAGGUAGAAGGGCCCAUUGGUAGCAAGCCUUCUACAGUUGCACCCUUGGAUUGUGGAGGAGCGUGUGAGAUAAGAUGCAGCAAAUCUUCAAGGCCAAACCUCUGUAAAAGGGCUUGUGGAACUUGUUGCACAAGGUGUGGAUGUGUGCCUGCAGGGACCUACGGCUAUGAUGAUUCGUGCCUGUGCUAUGCUACGAUGACUACCCAUGGGGGCGUGCGUAAAUGCCCGUAAAAUGAAGAAGGAUAUGACAAUGAUUCUCGAUCUUUGGUUUGCUUCAUCAAAGGAAGAUGUUAUGCAGAUUAAUUGUUUUGUUGUAGAAGUAUGUGCGGUUGUUGUUUAAUUUGUUAUAUAAAAUAAGGAGGCUUUGUAUCUUAUGUCUUUGUUAUAUGGAAAUGUAUGUUUCUUUACUGUUUAUUAUCAACUUCCCUUGAUAUAUAAUCUCAUCGUAUGUACGUUA